CGAUUUUGCCUCUCCUCGAUCUUAACUUCCCGUGUCGCAUCCGCGGCGAGUACUAUAAAUUGCUUCGCUUUAGAAGCGAGUCAUACGGCAGCAGGCGGGGUGAUCCGCCUCGAACAAGUUCGCCUUCGAACCAGCGGUUGCUUGAAAUCGUCGGAUGAGCGUCGAGUCUAAUCGGGGUCGCGUUUUCUUCAUUCACGUUGAGAAACGUUCGCUGAUGUUCCCAGACACCGGGUGCUUUUCGCGACUUGGCAGGCACCGAGUGCAAAUUAGAUCGGCUCAUCGUUAGCCCAAUAAGAGCGUCACGACUUACCUAAGCCGUUCAUCGAGUAGCAGCAGUGCCGCUGUGCUCUAGGCUCCGGGCUGCGCGCCCUCGUCACCAUGGCUCUCGCCUUCCCGUCGCUUCUCUCGACGGUCGCUCCGCUGCCGUCGUCCCUGUGGAGCGCCAACCUCUCUGCGCCGUACCCGACGAACGCGCCGUGGCAGAACUUCGUGCUGGGCGACGGCGGCAGUCCCGAGGUGGUGCCGCCCUAUGUCGUCAAGAGCAGCGAGGGGCGCAUCUCGUGGGGCGCGCCGCCGAGAACCGCGCAGCCGGGAUUCAUCAUCCAGGCGUUCAUUGCCACUCUCAUGCUCUCCACGCUCGAGGGCCUCUCCACGCACCAGGUCGCCACCUACGACGACACCACCGUCACCCUCGCCUACUCCUCCUCGUCCGCCUCCUCCUCUCCCUCCUCCUCCUCGCCCGUGCUCUCCGUGCCUCUGGUGCGCGGCAGCCCGUAUCUCACCUUCCUGUUCGCGUCGCCGGGCGCCACCCCGGUUAUCGCCACGGACCACGCCCUGACGGAUGCGCAGUCAAGCGGGGACCACACCAAGCACAAAAUAACAUUCAAUAACGGCCAGACGUGGGUACUCUACGCGUCCUCCCCCCUCGCCUUCACUGUCAGCAACAACACGCUCACUGCCACGUCACCCUUCACUGGCACGCUGCGCGCCGCACUGCUUCCUGGAAACUCCCCGGCGGAGGAGGAGGCGGUGCUGGACGCGUACGCAGGCGCGGUGGUGGUGGGGGGCGACGCGAAGGUGCGGCCGUGGCGGAUCAAGUACCAGUGGAAGGUGGCGCCGUGGGGCAGCGACUCCCCCGCCGCUGCCACGAUGGACGGCUCUGUUACGCCGCUCAUGCUCGCUCUGCCGAUUCAUCGUCGCAUGCGUCUCAAAGCCUACACCUCCGCCAACCCAACCCCUCCUCCUCCUGUCUAUCCGCCCAUCCCCCCCGUCACCCCUCCUCCCACCACCCCUCCCCCCGUCACCUCCCCCCCUUCUUCCGCCCCUCCCUCCGCCCCUUCAUCUGCCCCUGCCUCCGCCCCUGCCUCUGCCUCCGCCUCUGCUCCUCCCCCCUGCACCCCCAUCCUUCCAUUCACCAUCGCCGCCCUCUCCUCCUCCUCCUUCCUCGCCGCCUCUGCUGAGGGAGCAGCAGAAGCAGUUGCAGCAGCAGCACCGCAGUCAGCGGCACCGCAAACAACACCAUCACUUAUGCCAUCACCGACACCCGCAGCAGCAACCCCAAGCCCCAGCGUGCUGGUGUAUCUGACCCUGGACGGCCCAGCCGUGGGGGUGGCCGGGGCCAACUGGGACGUCAAGGUGCCGCCCCUCGCCGCCUCCUGGCACUCGCCCCGCCUCUCCUCCGACCCCGCCCUCCUGACCUCCCUCCGCUCCGCACUGCAGACAGACAUCGCCGCCCUCACCCCCAUCACCAUCACCUCCACGUACUACUUCGGCAAGACCGCCGCCCGCGCCGCCCGCCUGGCGCUAAUCGCGGAGCAGCUGGGGGAAACAGCGGCAGCAGGGAAGGCAGUGGCAGUGGUGCGGGACGCUCUGACCUUGUGGUUCAACGGGUCGUUCCAGGGGAACUCGCUGCUGUACGACCCUGCAUGGGGCGGGGUAGUGAGCUCCAGUGGGGCGGCGGACUCGGGGGCGGAUUUCGGCAUGGGGUGCUUCAACGACCACCACUUCCACUUCGGCUACUGGCUCUACGCCGCCGCUGUUGUGGCAAAGGCCGACCCCACAUGGGCCAUGACCCACCGCCACGCCGUGCUCAACCUAGUCUCUGAUAUCAUGUCCCCCCGGGCCACGGCGGCAUUCCCGAGGCUGCGGCACUUUGACCUGUACGCGCUGCACUCGUGGGCGAGCGGGCUGUUUGAGUUUGGCGACGGGCGCAACCAGGAGAGCUUCAGCGAGGCCGUCAACGGCUACCACGGCGUGGCGCUGCUGGGCCUGGCGUUUGGCGAUAUGCACCUGGCGAACCUGGGCGCCACACUGGCGGCUGUGGAGGCCGUGGCUGCGCAGACACUCAUUCAGGUGCCGCAGGGCGGCGACGGUGGUGCGGGUGGCAGUGGUGAUGGUGCCAGCCCCUCUGCCUCGCCCUCAGCACCACCAUCGCCAUCGCCAUCGCCAUCACCAGCAGCUGCAGCAGCAGCAUCAGCACCCGGGUCACUCCCAUCACCAUCAUCCUCCUCCUCCCUUCUCUCCACAGCCGCCCUGGCAGCAGCAGCCACAUCCACCUCCCCCGACUACGACCCAAUCUUCGCUGCCCCGAACCGCCUGCUGGGCAUGGUGUGGGCCAACAAGCGUGACGCGGGGCUGUGGUUCGCGGCGGCGGAGCAGACGGACAAGCGCGUGGGCAUCCAGGUGCUGCCCAUCACGCCCUUCCUCUCGCGCCUCUUCCCCGACGCGGCCUUCAACCGCCAGGUGGUGCAGUGGGUGCUGCCCGUGCUGGCGGGCGACGCCACCACGGACGAGUGGCGCGGCUUUGCGUGGGCGCUGCAGGCCACAUACGACCCGGCGGCGGCCCGAGCCAACAUUGAGGAGCUGGAGGCGUUUGACGACGGCAACAGCAAAAGCAACAUGCUGUGGUGGCUCGCUGCCAACACACCUUAGGACUGUUGAUGCAGCCUGGAGCUGCUGCUCGCCUUCACUCCACUUGAGCCUACUGCUGCUCGUGGCUGGCACCGCCCUCUUGCUGCUGCCACCUCUGCGUCCGCCACUGCCUCGUGUGGGCAAUUGAUUACGUCCCUUUAGAUGUUAUUGAGUGGCUUGCCACCAUCUCCCUUGCCUGCUUUGCCUGCCAAGGCUCACAGUCAACGUUGAAAGUUGGCUGCUGGUAGCCUCUGCUGGGCAGCCAGUUUUGCCUGAUCUAUGGUGCAGGCGGAUGUCAAUCGUGGGCUGUUUGCUUCUUCAUGGUGUAUCUAUUCAGCUUAAUAUAUGAUGCAGUUUAUAUAUCAAUAGUCUUGCAUUGAAUUGACAAAAUUCGCAUAUUAC